AUGCCGGACAGCGGGGCCGUCUAUCAGCCGACGACCGUCGGCUACACGUACGACAGCGGUGGCGAUGGCACCGGCGGCGGCGGUGGCGGUGGCCUGAGGCACGGUUUCUGGCGCAUCAUGUCCAGGCACAAGCUCAGCUCUAGAAAGUGGCUCGAAUGGAUGCUGCUGUCGGUCGCGCUGUGCUUCUUUGUCGCCGGCCUCACGACGACGCUCGUCAGCCUCGUCUCCACGGAUGGCUCGUCGCAGACGAGUUCCAUACAGGAGGUAAAAUCAGAAGGGCAUACAACGAUGGCUACAAAUGUACAACAACAAAUAGAGGAUGCGGGAAAAGGUUCCGUAGCAUUAGGCGCUGGAAUGAUGUUGGUCGGCGUAUUACUCGGCUUAAUUUGGGCAUGGCUCACUUUCUUUCGUCGUAGCAAAUCGCCGAGAAACGGCAUGACGGGCAGCAGUGGUCAGAUGUUGGGCGGUUUGAAUCCAUCGACUGACUUGCUGGUGGGUUCCACUUCGCAGUACGGGCCAGUACUCACAGAGGUGCCGAGUCAGCUGAAGAUGAAGCAAGCCAACUCGCACGACACACCAGUGCUGCCGCUUUCCGAUCAAGAGGAGGAAACGCACACGCUAAUGCAAGAGUCGGCAAGCCCGCCGUCCGUUUCCGUUGGAUCUAGCACCAUCGUUAAUCAGAUUCAAGGUUGAGUAAAGCGAUCGAUUGUUUUCGCGCGCGAAAUAAGCGCGUAUAUAACACGUGCUUUAUCGCUUCGAUUGUAUAAAUCUAACGCGUUCCCGAAUGAGUUUAUUAUAACUUAGCGAUUUUUGCAAAUCGCCUGGCUUUAUUUAGGAUUGGGUAUCGUCUCUCUGACUUCUUUGAGUCGCGGCAUACGAUGCUGCUGACAUUGAUCUUGUGAUUUAAUAAUUUUAUGCCAUUUGAAAGAAAAUAUUUCUUUCUUUUUUAAUUUGCCCGAACUUCGUUUACAUUUUGUAGCAUAUUUUUUUUUUUUUUUUUUUUUUUUUUUUUUUUUUUUUUAGUAGACAAGCGUGCGAUUUAAGAGAUCUCAUUUAUAGUAUAUUUAGAGUAUUUGGUAUUUUUAGUCCUCUCCCUGUUUUUGCCUACACACAUUCCUCCACUCCGUCCACUACCAUCAUUAAUAUGUUAAGUGAGCAUUGGAUCCAGAUAGAAAAAAGUAUAUAAUACACAGAUUCUAUUGUGAAAUUGUAUUGUGAACAGUUGCAUUAUGAUUGUCUCGUGAGACUUAAAAAAUAAUUUUUAUAUCAAAAGCACAUUAAAUUUACUGUAAAAUAUAUUUCUUUUUAAGUUACAUUUAUAUAUUAUUAACAAGUAUAUAGUUAUUAACUCUAUACUUUAUAAACAUAUAUUUUGGGCAAAUUUGCACACGUCUGAACAAAAUUAAAUUAUCUUGCCUUGAUUUGACGCGUUUGUAAUAUUGAUACGCAUAACAUACAUUUAAGUACUAAAUGAGUAACAGUAACAGCAAUCAUCAUUGACAAUAUAUACUGUAAAUUAAACAUCACACACAUUGGUAUAUAUACAUUAAAUCAAUAAUUGUUACUGUAUUUAAUACAUACACAAAAUGUUAUGUAUACAUUAGUAUAAUGUGUAUAAAACAUAAGACGAAAUAGACUGCAACCUUAAAAGAUGGUUGAUUUAAAAUUUGCAUGCCGUAAUGCACAAGUUCUCUAUCUCGUUUCGAUUUAUUUUGUGUUUAUAUUAUACAUAAUUUUAUAUCGCACAUAAUUUUAUUACAAAAUGAUUUUGUAUAAUGGACAUAUUCGCUUUAAUGGAAUAUCUAUUGCACUAACGCAUUUUUUGUGAUUUUAUAAAAUUAAUGUAAUUGAUCUCGUAUAUACAAAUAGAAUGUAAAUGUAGGUUUUAUUUCUCCUGCCAGGAAUAUAAAGUCAUAUAAAAUUAUUAGUUUAAACAUGAUACACAUAUGAUAUUGUAUAAAGCACCAAUUUAUAAUAUAAUUUUUAUACAUUUAUUGUUUUUACUAAAAUGAUGUGUUCGGUUUUAUAAUAUGUAAAACAGAAUUUUUUGAAAGAAUCGGAAAGGAUGGCCUGUAAAUUUGUCUGAAUUCAAUGCUGUUAUAGAUCAAGCACCUAUAUAACACCUUCAUUUUUUAACAUUUGUAUGAGAUCCCUAUUAUAUCUGUGUUAUUGAGCCGUAUAUACUAAUUUAUGUAAAUGUCCUGAGAUAUAUAUAUAUAUAUAUAAGAUAAAUAAAUACAUAAAAACAAUA